UCUUGUCUUCCCCAAGAUCUAUCUAUCUCUCUCUAGUCAAGUCUUUCCUCCUCCGAACGAUUUCUCAAGCAGAGAGAUUAUAGAAACCAUGUCGAUAGCUUCAAGCAGCUACACAUCUCUCUGUUCAACUCCUCCUUUAACAAGAACAAACGCAUCUCUAUCACCCCAAUUUGCCAAAUCACUGUUGAUCAAGAACCCACCAUUUCCGGGAGCUUCAAUCAGUUUCACCAAUACCCAUCUGGUAAAGCAUUCAUCUUUAGUAGUUAAAUCCUCAGAAACAGAUGGUGGAGGAGGGGGAGAAGAAGAGAAAGAAGGAAAGUAUGAAGUGGUAUUAGUUCAGCCGCUUGGAUUGAAGUUCAGAAAAGGUAGAGAUGGAGGAACUUACAUUGAUGCCAUUGCCCCUGGAGGAUCAGCAGAUAAGACUGGAUUGUUCACUGAAGGUGACAGAGUAAUCGCCACCAGUGCAGUGUUUGGAGAUGAAAUAUGGCCAGCAGCCGAGUAUGGAAGAACAAUGUAUACCAUCCGGCAGAGAAUUGGUCCAUUACUGAUGAAAAUGGAGAGAAGAUUUGGAAAGGCUGAAGAAGUAGGUGAGUUGACGGAGAAGGAAAUUAUCAGGGCCGAAAGGAACUCAGGCUUUAUAAGCGACAGAGUUCGAGAAAUUCAGUUGACAAAUGCUACAAGGAAAAGGGAACAGAAAGAACAACGCGAAAGAGAUCUCCGACAAGGCCUCCAGCUUUACAAAAAUGGAAAAUAUGAUGAAGCCCUAGAGAAAUUUGAGUCAGUUUUGGGAUCAAGGCCAACUGCAGUUGAAUCUUCAGUAGCUAGUUAUAAUGUUGCAUGUUGCUAUUCCAAGCUAAAUCAGAUACAGGCAGGACUAUCGGCACUUGAAGAUGCACUAAACAAUGGAUAUGAAGAUUUCAAGACAAUAAGGACGGAUCCUGACUUGGCAAACAUCAGGAAAUCUGAGGAAUUUGAGCUUCUAAUGAAGAAAUUUGAUGAAUCGUUCAUCAAUGAGAACGCUAUAAACGCCAUCAAAUCACUUUUUGGGUUUGGAAACAAGAAGUAGAGGAAAUAGAGAGAUCAUACAGUCUCUAGCUGUGUAAGCUCAAAUGACACUAAAAUAUGCUACUCUCAUAUAUAGAGGUGAAUUUUUUUUCCCUUCAUCAAUUGUUCAUAGCCCUGUAAUUUCUUGAGCAAUUAAUAGAAUGAAUGCUUUUUAAAGA